AUGGCUCCGAGAAGAUGCCAAUGGAGUUCGAUUUACUUGUUUCUGAUUAGUCUCUCCGUCGCCGCCUCAAUCGCGGUCUCCGCCGACGACAAGGCUCCACCGGUUGAGGAUGGUCUGGUGAUAAACGGCGAUUUCGAGACGUCACCGUCGAAUGGCUUCCCUGACGACGGAGUGGUUGACGGUCCCAGCGAAAUUCCAAGCUGGAAAUCCAACGGCACGGUGGAGCUAGUAAAUUCCGGUCAGAAACAAGGCGGAAUGAUCCUCAUCGUCCCACAAGGCCGACACGCCGUCCGAUUAGGCAACGACGCAGAGAUCAGCCAAGAUCUGACGGUGGAGAAAGGGUUUGUCUACUCCGUCACGUUCAGCGCUGCUCGCACGUGCGCCCAGCUCGAAUCGAUAAACGUGUCGGUGGCGUUCGUGAACAAAGACGCGGAAGACACAGUCGCGUCGAGAAACGUGGAUUUGCAGACGCUGUACAGCGUUCAGGGGUGGGACCCAUACGCGUGGGCGUUUGAAGCGGAAGAGGAUCAUAUUCGGUUGGUUUUCAAGAACCCUGGCAUGGAGGAUGACCCCACUUGUGGGCCCAUUAUUGACGACAUCGCUAUCAAGAAGCUCUUCACUCCUGAUAGACCCAAAGAUAACGCGGUGAUAAAUGGAGAUUUCGAAGACGGUCCAUGGAUGUUUAGGAACACGUCACUUGGUGUCCUGCUUCCGACGAAUCUCGACGAAGAAACCUCGUCUCUUCCGGGUUGGACUGUUGAAUCUAACCGGGCGGUCCGGUUUGUGGACUCUGACCACUUUUCGGUUCCUGGGGGAAAACGAGCGGUCGAGCUUCUCUCCGGCAAAGAAGGAAUUAUUUCACAAAUGGUGGAGACUAAAGCGAAUCGUCCGUACACAUUGUCUUUCUCGCUUGGCCACGCUGGUGAUAAAUGCAAGGAGCCGUUGGCUAUAAUGGCAUUCGCAGGCGAUCAGGCACAGAACUUUCAUUACAUGGCGCAAGCGAACUCCAGUUUCGAAAAGGCCGGUCUGAAUUUUACGGCCAAGGCUGACCGAACCAGAGUUGCGUUCUACAGUGUUUAUUACAACACGAGGAUGGAUGAUAUGAGCUCCUUGUGCGGACCUGUGAUCGAUGACGUUAGAGUUUGGUUUUCCGGGUCGAAGAGAAUCGGAGCUGGUUUUGGGUUUGUGUUUUCGGUUCUUGUUCUUCUCGCUCUCUGUUUGGUUUAG